AUGCCGCCGUCGCGUCUUUCUCGCCUCCCGCCGUGGAUCAGCCACUGGCUUGGCUACCGCGCCGAAACUCCGAAGCCACUGUCAACUUGGAAGAUCGCCGCAUGGUCCUUCAUUACGGCUUUUUGCGGUCUUUCCGUAGUGCAAAGCAUUUUUAACUAUUCUCAUUAUUUCACCUCGCGCCAUGUGCCUGGCAUCAUCGCAUCCUAUGGUGCAUCGGCAGUCCUCGUGUUCGGUGCUAUUGAGAGCCCGCUUGCUCAACCUCGCUCCUUGAUUUUUGGUCACUUUUUCAGCGCCUUAAUCGGCAUCUGCGUCACAAAGCUAUUCAGUCUGAUGCCUGACCAAGCACGCUUUGAGUCCCUGCGCUGGCUCGCAGCCUCAUUAUCGACUGCUAUUGCAAUUGUUGUCAUGCAGCUUACUGGAACCACCCACCCACCUGCUGGUGCUACUGCUCUGCUCCCAGCCACCAACGAUGAAGUCUGGAACCUCUCAUGGUACUAUUUACCGGUCGUUCUGCUCUCAUCUACGAUGCUCAUGUGCUGCGCCCUUCUUUUGAACAAUAAUAUGCAUCGCCGGUACCCAGUUUUCUGGUUUGCGCCCCCCGCACCGCCAAAGCCCGCACCGACCUCUAAUCCUGGCCCGGUUUCGGGUGCGCCAUUAAUGGUGGAGCCAGCAUCAUCAGAUGAGAAGCUGCCUAAAGACUCUGUAUAG